CAUCGGCGUGCAGCUGGAGCAGCCCCUGCUGUCAGCUCCUCAGACAGAGCUCAGUUAGCUCGACAGUUAGCAGACAACCCAACCCAGAAUGGUACAUAGACCGGUUGCUUAACGUAUUACUUCAAUGGGCGUCUUUACUGUAGCGCUAGUCAGAUGAGGAAGCAAGAUAGUCAUCUGGGUUCUGUUUUGUGUCGGGGCCGCGCUGUGAAAAGACGACGAAAGGACUAAAAUUGGAGCUAACGUUGGUUAGCCAGCUAAUGUUAGCCUGCCAGCGCAAUGGCCUACCGAUAUAUUCCAGAUGAUGUAAGGCACCUUUGCCUGUAGAGACCAAGAUGACUGAAGUCCAGGCUACAGUGGAGUUCUCUGUGGAGCUCCACAAGUUCUACAAUGUGGACCUCUUCCAAAGAGGGUUCUACCAGAUUCGUGCCAGUCUGAAGAUGCCACCACGCAUCCCUCACAAAGUUGAGACCAGUCUACUCCACCCGGGAGGCUCUGAUCUGGCAUUUCCUGCUUCAGUCCAAGAUGAUGCCAUCUGCAGCAAAACCUUCCAAAUCCUGUACAAGAAUGAAGAGGUUGUAGUCAAUGACGUCCUCCUCUUCAAAGUGAUGAUGCUGCUAGAUGAGAAAAAGGUCGAAGAGUCCCUCAAUGACAUGGAUUUCCAGCUCUUCUUGGAGUUAUAUUUCACAGAUGGUGAUUACACACCAGAUGAUCCAAGCUCUUUACAGAAUAUCAGUGGCCGCACACUUCGUUUGCACUUUAGCCUUCAGCGAGGCAUCCACCAACACAUCAAUGUCAUGUUUGACUACUUCCACCUGUCUGUCGUUUCUGUAGCCAUCCAUGCUUCCCUUGUGGCACUACAUCAGCCCCUUAUCAGUUUUCAUCGACCAGUUAAAACCACAUGGCUUAACCGCAACUCCCCAGCACAAACCAAGGACUCUGUCAUCCCACCUCUCGAGAACGUGGUGUUUGGAAGCAAUUAUGUCAAGCAAGUAUCACCAGAUGGCAGGACAUUCUUGGUAACUGACCACUGUCUGCAACAUGCCUUCAGUCUGCACCACAACCUUUGCUCCAGUCUCCUGCUAGCCUACCAGGGCCUCUUUGACUACUUCACUUCAAUUACCAAGGACCUGCCCUCCUCCCAUCGUAUGGAACUAGCCAAGCCCAGCAUGCAAGUCCUAUAUGAACGAGUACUCAGAAGACCCUAUCCUCGAAGUCAAAGGCACGUCUACGUAGAGCAACUCGACUUAGAGGCCCGUCUAGCUGACUUAUGUGAACAAGUUAAGCAGAAGGCAGAGUCCCCAGAUGAGCUGGCAGAACUGGUCAAUAUGAACCUGGCUCAGCUCUGCUCUCUGCUCAUGGCUCUUUGGGGACAAUUCCUAGAGGUUGUGUCCCUGCAGGAGCAUGUUGCUGCCCUCCUUGCUGCAGAGCACCAUACACUAAGGGUGAGGCGUUUUGCUGAGGCUUUCUUUUGUCUUGAACAUCCAAGACAAUCUGCACUGGCUUAUCAGGAACUACAUGCUCACAGUCACCAGCAGAUGACUACUGCGAUAAAAAACUCCAGCUACUUCCUGUCAUUGCCUCCACUUCCAGUGGAAUGUGCAGACCUAGAUGGCGAUGUCAGCUCUCUACCAAUCAUCUUUGAGGAUCGAUACUUGGAUUCUCUCACAGAAGAUCGUGAUGGACCCUGGUUGGGCCUGCAUAAUACAAGGACUGGAUCAUUGUCCAAUAAAACGGACAAGCCCAACCCAAAGGACUGCAAUGCAGCAGCCAGCCCCAUGCCCGAGUCUCGCUCUGCCUCCAUGGAAAACACCUGGUCAGACAACUAUGAGCCACCACCUAAGUCCAAAGGCAAGUCAGUUAAACUGAAGAAAAAUUCUAAAUCUGACAACUCCAAGAAGUUGAUUAGACAGGGUUCCAAGGACUCUGUAGUUCUGGUGGGCUACAAAAACCUCAAAGCUCCUUAUGGAGACCCCAGUACAAAGUACAAGGAAGGGGAACAUCUCCUCAACAAAGAUGAGGAACAUAAUACCUUGCAGGGGGAUCCAAGUACUAAUUUAAGGACUAAUGCCAAUUCUUCUGUUGACUGUGGUGCCACAGCAGCACAUUGUGGAAUCAGUGCUCGUGAUUCCGUUUCAGAUGAAAAGGAAUUGAAUCUAACUGCUGCUGCUUGUCAUAAAGGUUUCUUCAAAAAUCCUACUAACUUGGACAUACUGAAUAAUCCUCAGGCAGGUACUGGGGCUGUCACCGUAUGCAACCAACCACUUCACAAAAAUGAACAACCUUACCAUGGUGGCCAAAAGCUGUCACAGUGGUCUAGUGGGCUGAAACAAAUUGAGGUGAAACCAAGUAACAAGGACCCAUACCAAGGAGAUAAAGUUACUGUUCUUCUACCAUGUCGGACUGAUGGAAUUCUUACCAAUAGUACUCCUGAGAUAAUUCAGACAGACCCAUGUGACUCACAGCAGUCUGCUGUGGACUCUGUGUUUGAAAGGUCAGGUAAAGAAGCAGCACAGUGUAUCCAACCUGGUCUGUUCUCAGUACAGGUAAAGAGUGAUUGUAUUAGGUUGCCAGAUGUAGCAGCCCCCAGUGCCUCGUCUCGCCUUUCAGACUCAGGCAUUGAAAGUGAACCCAGCUCUUUUGCCACACAGUUUGCUCCAGGUCUGCAGACUUGCGUAGGGCUAGGCAUUACCGAAUCGGUUGUAGCUGCCCCACACCCCGAGAGGCCCCUUUUGGGAACUGCACCUCGGUCUUUUCAGCAAAACAUUGUACAAAAGCCCAGUGGAGAAAUUCUUUACCCCGAAAAUACCAGUGCUGUCAGUGGAGUCCAGUCUUCUCUCACAUCCAUCAAUUCUCUGCCCUCAGAUGAUGAGGGUGAAGGUUCCUCUGCAGGCUCCAGUGGAGCUGAAGUCCGAGCAAGAAAGUCCAGCGUGUUGGUGCAGGAGCAGAGCCUGGUCUUCUCUGGAGAUAUCACAAAUAGACCAGCCAUUGCUGCCACUGACAUUCCAGACACUGGGGCAGGUCAUUCCCAACUUCCAAAACCAGUCUCUGACUUGGAAACGGACCCCAAAUUAAUAGCGACGUCUGAACUGGAACAUGAGGUAGCGACUGGUUCUGGGACUGUCAAAGAGUCCCGUAGUGAACCUCAUACUGCCUGCCCCUCCAGUAACUCUGCCACCAGUAGCACUGACUUGGUAAAACGUGGCAUGGUAGAGAACUACUUUGGCUCGUGCUCUAGCACCGAUGUGUCUGAGAUUAGCCCCAUAGAAACAUCCGCUAUCACACUGGGAAUCCCGACAGGAUCACAGCCUGAGCAGGAUGAAGAUGAGACGGAACAUGAGAUGAUCGAAAAUGGUUACUAUGAGGAAGGUGAUGGCUAUGCUUUUGUAAAUGGUGUGGCUGAUGAGGAGUGUACUGGAGCUGUGGAUGCAGCUGCUCAAGAGACAGGUCUACUGUUUGAGCAGCUUGGCAUCGGCUACCUGCAUGAAACAAAGGAUUUAUCAAGAGCUGCCAUCUGCUCCAGCCUCGCCUCCAGCAGUGUUGCCUACAGCUUGGGCAGACCUCCCUGUCCCUCUACCUUAUGUGUCUCUAGUCUGCGGUGGUAUGAAUGUGCACCGACACCACAGAUGAAAGCGUUCAUCAAGUCCAAAGAUGAAUUGAAGCAGCUAAGGCUGCCUGGUUUCCUGUACAGUGAGAUGCCUGAGCUAGCAUCCACUGUGCCAUAUUUUAGCCUGGAGGAAGAUGAAAGCUGUGAUGAAGGCAUCCAUCUCAUAGUCUGUGUCCACGGCCUCGAUGGUAACAGUGCGGACCUGAGACUGGUAAAGACUUACUUGGAGCUUGGGCUGCCUGGUGCUCGAAUUGACUUCCUGAUGUCCGAGAGAAACCAGAAUGAUACCUUUGCUGACUUUGAGUCGAUGACAGACCGCCUGCUGGAUGAAAUAGUCCAGUAUAUUCAGCUGUACAACCUCACUGUGUCAAAGAUAAGCUUUGUGGGUCAUUCCUUAGGAAACCUUAUAGUUCGUUCAGUCCUGAGUAGGCCCAGGUUUAAGUGUUACCUGAGCAGGCUGCACACCUUCCUUUCACUCUCUGGACCUCACCUGGGCACACUGUACAACAGCUCUGCUUUGGUCAAUACAGGGCUUUGGUUCAUGCAGAAGUGGAAAAAGUCGGGGUCACUCCUCCAACUGACGUGCCGUGACCAUUCUGAUCCUCGUCAAACGUUCCUCUACAAGCUCAGCAAAAAAUCUGGUCUGCAAUUUUUCAAGAAUGUGGUACUGGUGGGGUCACUGCAGGAUCGUUAUGUCCCGUACCAUUCUGCUAGAAUCGAAAUGUGCAAAACUGCAUUAAAGGACAAACAAACAGGCCCUGUGUAUGCUGAGAUGAUAGAGAACCUGCUGCUGCCUGUGCUUCAGAACAAAGACUGUAAUCUAGUGAGAUAUGAUGUCAUUCAUGCGCUGCCCAACACAGCCAACUCUCUGAUCGGUCGGGCUGCCCACAUAGCUGUCCUUGACUCUGAGAUCUUCCUGGAGAAGUUCUUCCUCGUUGCAGGCCUCAAGUUCUUUCAGUAGAAGAGUCAUGGCUGAAUGAGAGGAAUGUGCAGCUUAUACCUCACUGCAUCGAAACCUCACUCUCUUUAUGUUAUCUGGAUUAUAAGUUGGUUUUUAAAAAUGUAUGAUUAUUUCACGACAUAAGUGCAAAAUCACAAACUAAUUUCAUGUUUAUAUUGGUAUCACAGUGGAUUUUUAUUUUUCUACUGCCUUUUUUUGUGUUUUGGAAAUUAUUUCCUGUAUCAUGUGCUGUACUUUCAGUAUUAUUUAUGUGUUAUGUUUUUAUUUUUCAAUUAUUAACUCAAAGUUAUUCAAUUAAUUUUAAAUGCUAAACUGGAAAUGUAGCUGCUAUAACAAUGAAAUGGCUGUUAUGGUGAUAUGACAUUGCACCACAUAUUUUCCACCGGUUCUAAGAGACAUGGCAUUGACUUGCACCACAACAACAUUUUAAAAGCUUUUGUACUGAAACUGGUCAUUUCUACAAGCUCAUUUUUAUUAACAAUUUUCCAUCGUUUUUAAAGGCAAAGAUUGCAUUUGAAACAGGACUGUUGCUCAGAAGUUGCAACAUUGAAUUUGGUCUUAAUAUUUUACGCCGGUCCCUUGCCAUCAAAGCAUUCUGCACAGAUACCCAACCUGGUGUUGGAGGGGGGAAAAAAAAGCUUUGCUACAACAUAACAUUUUAUUAAAGAGGUUUUAAUCAAUGAUUAUGAUUCAGCAAAGACACGGUUGUGAAUAUAAACUUGUUUUAUUGAAAGCAUUUGGUUGGUAUUCUGGUGAUUAUAUACAUGUACUUAAACUGGAAAGUGUUGCUUGGGAUUUAAAAAAUGUUUCUUGAACAUUUGUUUAUAUAUCAUCAUACUUUUACCAUUAAAUAUGCAUAUUAUUUCGUUUGUUA